UAUUUUUUCGACGUUACUAGCUAGAUCAUGAAAGAAGACAGAGAUAGAAAAACAACCCUGCUUCCUUCUUUCGCUUUUAUUUCCUACACCAUGAUCGACCUGAAUCAGUGUUGUUCACUUCCUCUUUUGCCAUUGGAGAUUCCGUUAAGCGGCCUUGGCAGCUUGGCUACAUCCAAUUGACUCCGGAUCAUCUCGACGUACAAGAUCAUAUAUCUCAUUGAUUCUCCUGUCCAUAUCAAGCUAAUUUUGCUUAAGAUUCUCCAUCAGCUUCGAAAUCGUAUCCUCCUUCUCCUUCACUUGGUGGACUAGACCCUGCAAAAUUUUUAUCUCUGAUGAGUUGAUGUAACAUUUGCCAAUCAAGAACACCAAUGUCAGCCAGGCAAUUUUCUCCACCGCUCUGAAUUUCAGCUAGCUUCUUGAUUAAUUUCUGGCUAGAAGAGACAACGGUCUAGGUCCGACAAUUGAGAAAGUUGUAAUAGUAGAAAAAAAGAAGAUCAAUGUAAUUCGAUCAUUACCCUUCCAACUCUGAAAAUCAGAAACUUGCCACUGUUCACACCUACGAAGUUGCUAAUGCCAAGAAAAUGUUAUUCAAAGCUCUGCUUCUCUUCCUCCUCUUCCGAUUUUGCGAAUCCAGGGACACCAUAACACGGAACCAAGAACAACUGAAGGAUGAUGGUGGAGUUUUAGUGUCCAAACAGAGCAAGUUCGAAUUGGGUUUCUUCAGCCCCGGAAAUUCUAGCAACCGGUAUGUUGGAAUUUGGUAUUCUCAGACUAGAGUAUCUAAUAAAACAGUGGUGUGGGUUGCAAACAGGAACAAUCCCAUAAAUGAUACCUCUGGUGUGCUCACAAUAAACAGGUAUGGAGAACUAGUCCUUUAUGCUUAUAACAUGGAGAGCACUCCUAUUUGGUCUACUAAUGUGUCGCGGUCGGUUCAAAAUGUUAACACAAGCACUUUAUCUGCACAGCUUUUAGAUACAGGAAAUCUAGUUGUGUUCCAGGAUGAUAAUAAUGAAAACCUUUCAUGGCAAAGUUUUGAUCAUCCCACAGAUACUUUAAUUCCAGGUAUGAAAGUUGGGGUGAAUUGGAAAACUGGGCAAGAAUGGGUUUUAACAUCUUGGAAGUCACAAGAUGACCCUGCAAUUGGGGACUAUACCUUAAGGCUCUAUCCAAAUCAGAUUGCAUCCCCCGAAAUUUUUCUGUACAAGGGUUUGAGUAAGUAUUGGCGAAGUCCAGGGCCAUCACCUAGUGUGGUCACUAAUCAAGAGGAAACUUAUUAUCUCAUGGAUGACACCAAUGCAAUUACAAGAGCAACCGUGACGGAUUCUGCGCACGAGCGCUUUACAUGGGAUGAUGGUGGCCUUCAAUGGAAGGAAGACUACUCUGAACCGAAGUCCCUGUGUGACCAUGGGUAUUGA